GUUUACAAUAAAAGCACCGCCUCUUGCUCAGGCGACCAUAAUCCUUAACAAAAUAUUCAUGAACUGAUGCUCAAGGCAAACCACUCGCGUCGCAUGGCUGGCCCAAUCGUGAGCCUCUGUCACUGCGAGCAUUUGAGCUCGUCUUCCCUUGUUGCCUUGUCCGCACGCGCUCCGUCGGUCUCUUUUCGCCUUUUUCCAUUCUGCCUUAGAGAUCGGCCUUCCUCUUGCUUCUUCGAAUAUGACUGGGUCUUGGGGUGAUGUCUGCGUUCAUUGCGUAGAGCUCCUUGCUCGUGUUCCUCUCCAUGUUACCUUGACUGCAGUCUUUGCUAGUGUCACCGGAUUGUUUGUCUUGUUCUAUACCCUCCUCUACCUCGUCGCGCCUAUCCCCCGCGAGUCCUUCCCCGAAGAGAAGAAAUACAGAACCCUUGCGAAAGAUGGAUCGAUCACAAAACCUGAGCGGCUGCCCUGCUGGCACGAUGCCCUUGUCGACUCCAAGAAAAAGUCGGGCCGGAUCCCCGACUCCCCCAGAGUCGAGCCUGCGGAAUUGUUCAUGUCUGUGGUAGUCCCGGCUUACAACGAGGAGGACCGUCUAGCGGGCAUGCUGGAAGAAGCAGUGAACUACCUAGAACGGAUGUACGGGACAUUGGCUACCAACAGUAACCGCAACGCGACAGCGACAGCGACUAGUGACCGGAAGAACACAAACACAACCCGGCAUCGAAAGCCUAGAAACGACCAGGGAUCAAUGUGCGAGGAGCAGAAAGGCUGGGAGAUACUCAUUGUUUCGGACGGUUCCAAAGAUAAAACGGAGGAAGUGGCGUUCAAGUUUGCGCGGGAUCACCAACUCUCCCUGCAUCCCAAGGGGUAUGCCGGUCCUUGGACGCCCAGGCCACAGGAAGGUGUCUCUAUCCCUCCUGGCGCGAUUAGAGUGGUGACAAUUACCCAAAAUCGAGGAAAAGGGGGUGCAGUCACGCAUGGAUUGCGGCAUGUCCGGGGUCAAUACGUGGUCUUUGCGGAUGCGGAUGGUGCGACCAAAUUCGAUGACCUGGGUAAGCUCGUCGAUGCGAGUAAGGAGAUCGAGGAUGCCGGUGGACGGGCCGUGGCUGUGGGUUCCCGAGCGCACAUGGUUGGCAGCGAAGCUGUGGUCAAGCGCUCGAAAUUACGAAACUUUCUCAUGCACUCCUUCCACCUGAUUCUCUGGCUAUUGACCCCAGCCAAGACGGCCACGGUCAAAGACACCCAAUGCGGAUUCAAGCUGUUCUCGCGCGCCUCACUCCCCUACAUCGUCCCAUACAUGCACUCGGAGGGCUGGAUCUUCGACGUGGAGGUACUCAUGCUAGCAGAAUUCGCGAAGAUCCCCGUGGCGGAGGUAGCCGUCGGGUGGCGCGAAGUCACGGGGAGCAAAUUGAACGUGAUCCGCGAUAGUAUUGGGAUGGCCUGGGGCCUAGCCGUGCUCCGAGCUGCCUGGUCAUUGGGAGUAUAUAGACGGAGCUAGUUGCAUUUUUGCAUCUGAGUUAAAUAUGAAUCAGCCAAUAUUUGGCUCUGACUAUCUCUGCGGAUGUGAAUACGGAGGUUUACUUCGUAGAUAGUAGAAGCAUUACCCCUGGGGUAAAAGUUUCUUGACUUUGCGACGUCUCAGUGUGUCCCUGACUACCCUCGGAAGCUUUCGCCGUUUGCCACUAUCGUAUUAUAUCCACUCUUCACAUGCCUACAGUGUAUACCUCUAUCAAUUAAAUUAUGUUACAGGGGAACCCAGUACUAAUCCCAUUAUACACAAAAUAGGGCAUGAGUCACUUACAACCCAAUCGAACGGUACAGACGGUUUUGCCGGUAGAUGGCCGAAAGCGAUAUAC